AUGCCUGUUAAAUCUAUUGCAAUUAUAGGAGGAGGGCCUAGUGGGCUCAUUACAUUGGAUUCGUUGAUACGCGAAAAAUUGUUUGACAACAUUAGGCUCUUUGAAAGAAGAAAUCAGGCUGGCGGCUGCUGGGUUUAUGACGAUAAGCCUCCUGAACCGUUGCCAGAAAUCCAAAAGUUGAGUAAUAGAACUGCUGAUGAACCCGUAUCAGUCCCUGAAACGUUACCUAGAUAUGUUCCUAAAUCGAGUAAGCAAAGAUUUCUUGACACUGCUACAUAUUCAUAUUUAGAAUCAAAUGUUGAAGCGAAUGCUAUGGAAUUUUCGGAAGAGCCAUUCCCUGUUGGAGGAAGUAAUAUUUCUGUUGAAAAAUAUGGGAAGGAUACUCCAUUCAGACAUAAUACAGUAAUCAAAGGCUGGCUUCAUGAUUUAUAUAAGAGAAAAGGAUACGAUGAUCAUGUUGAGUUUAAUACUUCUGUCGAAUUAGUUUCCAAAAAUGAAGCCACUAAUCAAUGGGAAGUAACUUUAAGACGGUUUGGUAAAAAAUAUGAUUAUGUGUGGACCGAAAGCUUUGAUGCAGUUGUAGUGGCAACUGGACAUUAUGACGUGCCAUACGUCCCUAACAUCCCUGGCUUACAACUGUUCUAUAAUAAUCCAAAAAAUACUGUUAUACAUACUAAGGCUUAUAGAUCAAGGGAGUAUUUUAGAAAUAAGAAAACGAUCGUUGUUGGUGCCUCGGUUUCCGCAAUGGAUGCUAUUCAAGAUAUUCUACAAAUAUCUGACAAUAAAAUAAUUUCUUCCCAAAAGAAAACCAGUCAACCCCAUACUUAUUUUGGUAAUGCUGCAUUUGACCAUCCAUUGGUAGAAAAGCAUGGUGAAAUCGUAAAAAUUGAUAAUGAAAAAGGUAUAAUUUACUUUGAUGACGAUACGACCGUAUCAGAUGUCGACAGUAUUAUCUUUGGAACUGGGUUUUCUUUCAGUUACCCGUUCUUACCUAAUUUAGAUCUUACUGGUAAUAGAGUUCAGGGCCUAUAUCAGCAUAUUUUUAAGAUUGGUGAUGAAACUUUAUCAUUUGUUGGUGCUAUCGCAGCCGGUUUAACAUUCAAGGCGUUCGAAUGGCAGGCUGUUUCCGUUGCGAGAGUAUAUUCAGGAAGGGCCAGUUUGCCAUCUGUCCAAGAACAAAUAAAAUGGGAAGAGGACAGAAAAUCAGUAAGAGGAAAUGGACAGAAGUUUAUUACAUUGUAUCCACAUUUUGAAGAAUAUUUUGAAACGUUGCGUAAAUUAGCAGGAGAAGAAGGUCCUGGAGGAAGUUACCAAAAUUUGAAAAGUCAUGGACUGAUAACUUUCUUAGGGGCCAUCAAAGAAGAAUUAAUUAUUGGAUUGAAAAUAAUCAUAAGCAAGAACAAAGGCUAG